AAAUAGAGUAAUUUUGUUUGUAUGUAUGGGGAAGGAGAGGACCAAACAAGCCAUUAUCACAGCCUAUCAAACACCAACAGACCAAGGGUUCCCCUUUCCAGUUUUUGCUGUUUUCGAGGUCAUUUCCUUGGCACUCUCUUCGUUGUUAGAUGCUAAUUGAAGUAUUCGUAUGCGGGUGCGGGUGCGCGCGCACGUGUGGGGUUCAGCUGAAGAGGGUAUGGACCGUGUUGUAUGUUCAUGGUCUAGGCAUAAGGGAUGAGUACACUAGAUGCAACCAGAGCCGAACUUGCUCUUGCAGUUCUGUAUCUGAACAAGGCUGAGGCCAGGGACAAGAUAUGCAGGGCAAUACAAUAUGGUUCUAAAUUCUUGAGUAAUGGAGAACCUGGAACAGCCCAAAAUGUGGACAAAUCGACUAGUUUGGCACGAAAAGUUUUUCGUCUGUUCAAGUUUAUCAAUGAUCUGCAUGGUCUUAUUAGUCCAACCGCUCCAGGGACUCCUCUUCCACUUGUUCUGCUGGGAAAGUCCAAAAAUGCAUUGCUGUCAACAUUUCUGUUUCUUGAUCAAAUUGUCUGGCUCAGUAGAACAGGUAUUUAUAAGAACAAAGAACGUGCUGAUCUGAUUGGCCGGAUCUCGCUUUUCUGUUGGAUGGGCUCCUCAAUAUGUACCACUUUGGUUGAGAUUGGGGAGAUAGGAAGGAUUUCUGGGCAACUUAAGAAGUUGGAGAAGGAUCUGAAGAACAGUGAGAAGUAUCAUAAUGAACAAUACCGUGCUAAACUCAAAAAAUCAAAUGAGAGGUCACUGGCCCUGGUUAAAGCAGCGUUGGAUACAGUGGUAGCAGUUGGGUUGCUUCAGUUGGCUCCUAAGAAAGUUACUUCUCGUGUUACUGGAGCCUUGGGAUUUACGACUUCUCUGAUCUCAUGUUAUCAGUUGCUUCCAGCACCAGCAAAGUCCAAGGCAGCCUAAAGAUCGAAGUCUGUUUGCUUGAUGUGCUUCAGCGUCCGCUUAAUAAUUGUUUAUACUUUUAUAUGAGUAUUUGUUAGUUGAAACGUUUGAGCAAUUUGAAAACUAAAACUUUAACCAUUACUUUGUUACCAUCAAUAAUGCUCUGUGCAAUAGAAAUUAGUCAUUUGAUAAUUGUA